UCUCACCCACUGUGCUAGGCCGCCCUCAAGCUGCCUGCUGACAUCUUCGCGACUUAUUCUGGGAGCUACAAGUGGGUGUUCCUGGCAGGAGUAGGACAGUGAAGGCCGGCCUGUGAUAGCCUGGGAUGAGGGAGCGAUGAAGGGCUAGGAUUGCGUCCCGCAGGGCUGCUCGAGGCGGCGGCAACAGAGAUGGGGCGACUCGGAGGCACGCUGCUGUGCCUGCUGCUGGCCUCGGCGGUGCCCACGGCCCCCGCGCCCGCGCCUGCGGCGACCUCGGCUCCCGCCGAGCCCGGCCCGGCUCUCAGCUACCCGCAGGAGGAGGCCACCCUCAACGAGAUGUUCCGCGAGGUCGAGGAACUGAUGGAGGACACUCAGUAUAAACUGCGCAGCGCGGUGGAAGAGAUGGAGGCAGAAGAAGCUGCUACUAAAGCAUCGUCAGAAGCAAUCCUGGUAAACCUGCCUCCCAACUAUCACAAUGAGACCUAUACAGAAACCAGGAUUGGAAAUAGUACUGUCCAAGUGCACCGAGAAAUUCACAAGGUCACCAACAACAAUACUGGGCAAACGGUCUUUUCAGAGACGGUCGUCGCUUCGAUGGGAAAUGAAGAAGGCAAAAGGAAUCACGAGUGCAUCAUCGACGAGGACUGCGGCCCUGCCCGCUACUGCCAGUUCACGAGCUUCGAGGCCACGUGCCAGCAGUGCCGGGAGCAGGAGGCGCCUUGUACCCGGGACACCGAGUGCUGCGGGGACCAGCUGUGUGUCUGGGGACACUGCUCCAGAGUGGCCACCAAAGGGGGCAACGGGACCAUCUGUGACAACCAGAGGGACUGUCAGCCUGGGCUGUGCUGCGCCUUCCAGAAAGGUCUGCUCUUCCCGGUGUGCAUGCCACUGCCCGUGGAGGGGGAACUGUGUCACGAUCCUGCCAGCCGGCUGCUGGACCUCAUCACCUGGGAGCUGGAGCCUGAAGGUGCCUUGGAUCGGUGCCCAUGUGCCAGUGGUCUCCUCUGCCAGCCGCAGAGCCACCACAGCCUGGUGUAUGUGUGCCAGCCGACUUUCGCUGGCAGCCAGAACGGAGAUGGCGACAGCCUGGUGUCCCGAGAGGCCCUGGAGGAGUACGACAGUGACGGCUUCUUGGAGGAGGUGCAGCAGGAGCUGGAGAGCCUGGAGAGGAGCUUGUCCUUGGAAACGCUGCGGAGGGCGGAGCUGGGGGCUGCCUCCGUGCCGCCCGACAGGGAGGCUUAGAGCCGGGGCUGUGGAAGGAGCUAAUUUAUUUCCCCAGCUGUGCCCUCUCGUGUGGGUUUCCCGGCUUGCACCACGGUCUCUCCCCAGCACAUUCCCCACUCCGGCUUGAAGCAAACGGCACCCCAGCACCCCUGUCACAGUGUGGUGUCGGGGGUCACCGGGGUGUGAGAAGGAGACGCAGAGCCGGAAAGUCCAGCCAGUCCAGAGCUCCGGCUCCGCUGCCUGGCACCCGGCACGUCUUGUUCUAUUUGACAUCACCUUGAAAAUUGUAGGGGAGGGGACGGAAAAGCAGUCAGGACUCCCCACUCCCACCCCACCCCACCCCACUCUCCUCCCCACACAUGCUGAGGGCACCAGAAAAAUGCUUGCUCUCCUGCGUCGGAAGAGGGCCCAGCUUCGCAAGCUCGAGUCCAGCAGAAAUGCAGCCUGUGGCGUUCCCAGGCAGCUCUUCUCGGGGGCCCAGGCCAGCUGUGCCUUCAGCUGCUGCAGUGCUGCCUCCUGCUCCCGCUUCCUCCUCCCAGCGGUGUCUCUCAGCUCCUACCUCCAUGCCAGGGCAGCUGCUGCAGAGCCAGGACCACUUGGGGCCCUGGCCUGGUGAGGGGGUCUGGGUCUCCCCAGGGGUUGGCUCAUAGCUGCCUGCCCCCGUUUCACGCAAGAUACUGAAGCCAAGGGCACGGUGACAGCCAGGGACACCUCCGAGCCCCCGUCCUCCGAGUCCCACCUCCCAGCACUCUUGCUGCUCCCCUCAGUACCCUCUUUUGGAAGGAAGAAUGGGCUUUUUCUUUUUUCUUUUUUUGAGGCACAUCUGGAAUUUCUUGCACUCCUCUAAGAUUAAAAUUCUGCUCUUAGAAAUGGCAGCACAUGCUCCAGUGUGGUGUUGAUGGAGACAGGUGGUGUGGACUCUGUCCCCCAGGGCAGUUAGUUACACUGGAGGAGGGGGGAGUAAGGGGCGGGGAUUAGUUACAGCUGGGUUGGAGCAUAGUAGGUUAGUUACCUUACCAGAAACAGCACUUAAAAUUGCUAUUGGCCAGGAUUUGCAAAAUACCCUGUCAGCAACUGUGGACUGUUAUCCACUGGGAGCAAGUGAAGCCACGCAAGAUCAGUGGACUGUGACUGUAAUAUUCAAACAGGGCGCUGGGUGUGUACUCGUCCAUAAAUACCAGUCUCAGGUACCCUGGGCUGUUUCCAUCUUGCAUUUCUCCAGAGUUACUAAAUUGUGAAGUUGCACAUGAUUGUAUAAGCAUGCUUUGAGUUUUCGAUUGUGUAUAAACACGUUGCAUUUAGAAAUCAAGCAUAAAUCACUUAAACUAC